AUGUCGAACUGGACUUUUUCUGUCUCCUAUCUGCAGGUUGGUCUGUUCAGUGGAAUCAGCCUUAUUGUUGGAACAAUCAUUGGAUCAGGCAUCUUCAUUUCCCCUAAAUCUGUCCUCCGUAACACAGGUGCUGUGGGACCAUGUCUCGUUGUUUGGGCCGGGUGUGGAGUAAUUGGCAUUUUAGGUGCACUUUGCUUUGCAGAACUGGGUACGAUGAUCACAAAAUCUGGUGGGGAGUACCCAUACCUCAUGGAGGCUUUUGGUCCCAUCCCGGCGUUCCUCUUCUCCUGGUCCAGUGUCAUCGUCAUGAAGCCAUCAUCAUUUGCCAUCAUCUGCUUGAGCUUUGCUGAAUACGCAUCGGCACCGUUUUAUCCUGGCUGUGAGCCCCCGCCAGUGGUCAUCAAAUGUCUGGCAGCAGCGGCCAUAAUGACGAUCACGGUGGUGAACUGUCUGAGUGUGAAGUUGGCCAGCUACGUCCAGAACUUCUUGACGGUGGCCAAAAUGAUCAUUGUCAUCAUCAUCAUUGUUAGCGGCAUUGUGCUGCUUAUUCAAGGAAACACACAGAAUUUUGAGAACAGCUUUGAAGGUUCUUCCAUCACAGCAGGAGGCAUCGGCCUGGCUCUGUACAAUGGUCUCUGGGCAUACGAUGGAUGGAACCAGCUCAAUUAUAUUACAGAGGAGCUUAAAAAUCCAUACAGAAACCUCCCAUUGGCCAUCAUAUUUGGGAUCCCCUUGGUCAUGGCUUGUUACCUGCUGAUCAAUAUUGCCUAUUUCACGGUGAUGACCCCAACCGAGCUCCUUCAGUCUCCGGCCGUCGCUGUGACCUUCGGGGAUCGUGUUCUGCACCCAGUGGCCUGGAUGGUUCCUCUGUUUGUGGCCUUUUCAACCAUCGGAUCAGCCAACGGAACCUGCUUUACUGCCGGCAGGCUUACAUACGUCGCAGGCCGUGAAGGUCACAUGUUGAAAUUCUUAUCUUACAUCAGUGUCAAGCGCCUGACCCCGCUGCCAGCCAUUGUGUCUCUUGGUAUCAUCGGAAUGAUUUAUAUCAUCCCAGCAGAUAUCAAUACCCUCAUCAACUACUUCAGCUUUGCCGUCUGGAUAUUUUACGGUUUGACUAUCGCUGGACUUGUUGUAAUGAGAUUCACCAAGAAAGACAUGAAUAGGCCAAUCAAGAUUCCAAUUGUGAUCCCCAUUGCGAUGGUUCUGGUCUCUGCCUAUCUGGUGAUAGCACCCAUUAUAGAUGAGCCAGAGUGGGCCUAUUUAUACUGCGUUCUCUUCAUCAUUAGUGGACUCGUAGUCUACUUCCCAUUUGUGCACUACAAGGUCCGAUGGGCACAGAAGAUAACAAAGCCAAUCACUAUGUAUGUACAGAUGAUCAUGGAGGUGGUGCCAGCGGAAGAAUCCAAAAAAUAA